CUCUGAUCAUCGAUUCAAGCAUCAUUCGGACUUACGUUUCCACUCAACCCUUACUUAAUUUCCAAGUGUUUUUAAUAACCCACUCUCGCUCAACACGCUCACUCCAACCUUCAAAAUGAAGAACGCUUUCGCUUUCUCAGCUUUGGUCGCCAGCGCCUUUGCUCAGGACUACUUCGGCGUUAUGUCUGCCCGCAGUGGUUCGAAUAUUCAUCUCCUCCCUUUAAAUGCUAUUGGCGGAAAGUUCUUCCUGGGCGGGUCGCCAUCUUCUUACUGCCCGCCAGAAGUCGGCACUGCUUGCCCUCCAGGAACCUCGACUGUCCUGGCCGGCGGUGUUGGCACAUUGUCUCUCGGCGUUAUUGUUCCAGGCGGACAGCAAGUAUAUAUUGCUCCCGAUGGCACCAUGAGCUACACUGCUCCGCACUCGGCCUACAAGCCAGAGGGCUCAGUUGUCGACGGAUGGUCUAGGUCGCCCGUUAAUGACCAGUUCGGCUAUUUAACUUUCUCGGGUGGAUUGGUUGCUUGCCCUGUUGACGCAAACAACAAGCCCUGGCAGGUCUAUGGCCAGAUUGCAAGCGUUACCCUCUCUCCGCAAUGUUUGGGAUUCUCUGCUCUUACUAUAAAUGGAACGGAAGCGGGCGCUUGGGAGUACUGAAGGUUUCUCGAUGCAUUUCUCGGUGUAAACAAAACUGCAAACGAAUACGGUAAUUGGAGAAUGAAUUGAUGGUCGAAAGUAACGAAAUACAUACGUGGAAUAGGGGAAUUUUUGAAGUAACAGGGGGAGAAGUACAUAGCGACAUACUUGCAUUAGCUGUCCGCACUCUCUUGCAAUAUAAUC